UGUCAUCAGAACCUUCCGUCUCUCGGCCACUCCCUCCUGCUAUCUACCCAUGAUCCUCCAACAUUCCCUCAUGGACGAGGAAGAAGAGGAGAGGGAGGAGGAGGAGGAGGUGGAGGAAGAGGAAGAGGAGGACAGGGAGGAAGAGGAAGGUGAUGAGGAGCAGGAAGCUUUCUCAUGCCCCGCCCCUUGCUCGUCAGAUCUGACCAAUCAGCUGCUUCGGUUUGCUGACACCAUCAGCCGGGACGUCAUGCGAUAUUUUGGCUGUCGCCACGACGACCCGGACGCCUGUGACAUCUACAGCGACAAUGACCGCAUCUCCACAGCAACAAGCGGACAACGGCGUUACUAUGAUGACCUGGUAAGGAUGGCAACAGGAAGCCCGGAGUCCGUGUCUAGGGCUGGCAAUCACCAAGGACCGUGUGUUUCUGUUGCCGGGGGUGAUGGAAGUCUGGGUCCGUUGGCCGAGUUGUUUGACUGUCGGAUUGGGCCCAGCCAGGGACGAUGUCGUCCAAUGAACAAGAGACACCUCCCUCUCAGCUUCUGGAACGAGCCAAUCCCCUGCCUCCCUGUGGGCACGCUCAUUAGUCCUGACAAUACACGCACACACCACAACACACACUCACAUGACAACACGACCUCACACGACAACACGCACACACACCCGGACUUCAGUGACCUGCUUGCUUACUGGGACCCCAAUCCUGACCUCACUCACACACACACUGACCUCACACACACUGACCUCACACACACUGACCUCACACACACUGACCUCACACACAUACAGACACCGAUCUGACGGUGACACACUGACCACACACACAUACAGACACCGAUCUGACGGUGACACACUGACCUCACACACAUACAGACACCGAUCUGACGGUGACACACUGACCUCACACACAUACAGACACCGAUCUGACGGUGACACACUGACCUCACACACAUACAGACACCGAUCUGACGGUGACACACUGACCUCACACACAUACAGACACCGAUCUGACGGUGACACACUGACCUCACACACAUACAGACGCCGAUCUGACGGUGACACACUGACCUCACACACAUACAGACACCGAUCUGACGGUGACACACUGACCUCACAAACAUACAGACACCGAUCUGACGGUGACACACUGACCUCACACACAUACAGACACCGAUCUGACGGUGACACACUGACCUCACACACAUACAGACACCGAUCUGACGGUGACAC